AGUACAAUUCUAAUUUCUUUAUUGCCCGACUACAGCACAUUUUGUAUCUACCGCAGCCGUUCCCGGCGCGGCCAGUAGCCGUCGCUAACGACUCCGCCUCCAUAGCUUUCUCUUUCUUCGAUCUGCUGCUCUUCAGUCUUCUCCGACCAAAUUAAAACUUGUUUUUGUGCGAUAAAGUUUCAUUUUAAUAUGCCAAACUCACUUCAAUUCAGCUUGGUCUCGCGACCUCCAUAACCAGUAACUGUAGUGAAAUCGUGAAUUCUGCGUUUCUUAUCCCUGAGAAAGGAUCGGAGAUAAUUAAUGGGUAGUUGAAGACAAGAAAAGGUGGAUUGUUUUAAUUUGUUACCUUAGGGUUUCGUUAUUUUCUGGUUGCAGUUCUUACACUACUGGCCUGGGUUCUUGAUUUAGGGUUGUUGGUGAGGUAAGAAAUGGAGAAUUACGGUCAACUUGGAGAGGAAACCGCCGCCGCUGCGAGGCAAAGGGGAAGCGGAAGCGGGUUCAUGUACGGCGGCUCGGUUCUUGGGCCGCCGAGUUACGGGCGAACCGGCGGCGGCGGUGAAAGCAACCACAUAGCUACUGGCUUUCAUCUCCAGCCUGGUGGCGGUGGCGAGUGUUACGGCCAAUCGGAAGGGCAGCCGCACACGACGGUGAAGAGUGAAGGCGGAAGCGCUUCCCAUCAUCAUCAUCAUCACCAUCAAAUGUUUCAGUACCCUUUGAUGAUCCGAGAUCAUCUUCAUCGUCAGCAAGAAUCCGCAGGUGACGACAACUCUUUGACAAGUGAAGCCGAUGCUAUGAAGGCCAAGAUCAUCGCUCAUCCCCAGUAUUCCAAUCUUCUGGAAGCUUACAUGGAUUGCCAAAAGGUCGGAGCUCCGCCGGAGGUGGUGGCGCGUCUCUCGGCGGUCCGGCAAGAACUGGAAGGGAAGCAGCGAGCUUCUUUCGGUUCCCGAGAUUCCUCCAAAGACCCAGAACUCGAUCAAUUCAUGGAAGCGUACUAUGAUAUGCUGAUGAAGUACCGAGACGAGCUUACAAGGCCUUUCCAAGAAGCAAUGGAGUUCAUGCGACGGAUCGAAUCGCAGCUAAACAUGCUAAGCGACGCUCCGGUCCGGAUCUUCAACUCCGAUGACAAUAAGUGCGAGGGCGUUGGUUCGUCGGAAGAGGAGCAAGACAAUAGUGGUGGAGACACCGAACUCCGGGAGAUAGAUCCCCGGGUGCAAGACCGGGAGUUGAAGAACCACUUGUUAAAGAAGUACAGUGGGUAUUUAAGUAGCCUGAAACAAGAACUUUCCAAGAAAAAGAAGAAAGGCAAACUGCCCAAAGACGCCAGGCAGAAGUUGCUUAGCUGGUGGGAGCUGCACUACAAAUGGCCUUAUCCUUCGGAAACGGAGAAGGUGGCGUUGGCGGAAGCGACCGGGCUAGAUCAGAAGCAAAUAAACAACUGGUUCAUCAACCAGAGAAAACGGCACUGGAAGCCAUCAGAAGACAUGCAGUUUAUGGUGAUGGAUGGUCUCCAUCACCACCAAAACGCCGCCGCAGCGCUGUACAUGGACGGACACUACAUGGGAGACGCCCCUUACCGCUUGGGUCCAUAGUUUGAUCUGAUUAAAACUGUUUUAAGGUUGUUAGUAGGGGGGCAUAUGCAUGCAUGCAUGCUUCAUCUCAUCUGAUUUCAUGUUCGGCGAGUAAUUAAGGUCUGAGGUGGGAAGCUCCGAUCAUCAUCAACCUGAUGACAUGAUGAAUUUGCAUCUCUUCUAUCUUCCAGAAAUACCACCCUUUUGUUUUGCGAUUGAUUUGAUUUGUGUAAUCUGGCAUGCAUGGACGGCUCCAUCUGUUAAUUAAUUUGCCUUGUUUUCUAGGUUAAUUGCAUGUUUUAAUACGGAGUAUCUAUUUUACGUUAACU